AUGUACGACGAUCGUAUGAUACUUUCGAUGCGAUUCCCUCAAAAACUUUGGAGGAUCGUUAAUGCUUGCAAGACCGGUGCAAUUCGAUGGAACAUCGAUGGUUCGACCAUCCUGUUGGAUUACAAGAAAUUUCAAGAGGAAUAUCUUGACGGAGAGAAGUCCAUUUUCAAAACGAGGAAUAUCACGAGCUUCAUCAGACAACUGAAUCUCUAUGGUUUUCGUAAGGUGACGUCGCAUAAUCGUGAUCCUCUUUGUAAUUCGCAUAAUCCAAAUGUUCAUGAGUUCUUGCACGAUCACUUUCGUGCUGGUCGUGUCGAUCUUCUCUCAAGAGUCUGUCGAAAAACCGUGGGAAGAAACAAAUAUUGUCAACGUCUCGGAUCGCAAAGAUGCACGACGAUAAAACAGGAGAACUCUCCAGAAAAAGAAAUACGCUCUACGUCGCGUUUACGAAUGUGUCAACUUGCCUUGACCGAAGCUUUGGAACAAAUAAGACGCGAGUGUCAACGAAAGUGUUCGAACGUAUCGACUAGAAACGAAUCCUCGUCCGUAUCAUCGAAACAAGGAUUGCCAGAGCUCGAACUUUUUUCCAUUCCACAAAGUGAUCGUUCUCCUGAAUACGCGAUGAAAAACGGAAUACAUUUCUAUUCGAAAAAAAGUUGCAGCCCGAUUAACAAUGACGAUCCGAAUCCUUGGUUCAUUCCUAAUGCACAUAAUCUCGCUUUUUACGUGCCUUUGAAUAAUACCAAAUAA